AUGUGCAGUCCGCCAUCCACGCUCCUACUGUACGUUCCGCGCAAGAACUUCAUCAUUCGAGCUUCUGUUGACAAUCACCAGACCAACUACCAGAUCUGCGGCGAGCACUCCUAUGACCUCUCCGCAAGCGUACCCAGCGCUCUCGGACCACUCCCUCAUGUCAUUGAGAUGACGAACAACGUCCUCAUCGGCGGAGGAGCGCUGGAUUUCCUUUUGCUGAGCAAUGGCUCGCUGGUCACUAUCCAGAAUAUGACCUGGAACGGCAUGCAAGGUUUCCAAGAGAAGCCGUCCUCCCCAUUUUACGUGCCGUACCACCCCGGGCUUCUCGAAGGGCUGGAGGCUAUUCUGACUCAGCCAUUCCCUGUUCCCGUGGAAAAGAACACUGCCGGCUCUGGCUAUCUGGGUACAUGGCAUACCGAGCGCGGUCUCACGUGGUGCGAUGUCAACCACGCCGGGCACGAGAUCCCGCAGUACGUGCCCGGAGCGGGAUACAGACAUCUUGAGUUUUUGCUGGGGAGGAUUAGCAAUUUGGGGGAGGUGUCGGAUUUUACGACGCAGAAGGGGGAUUUUACGGGCAAUUCGAGUAGGCCGUAUUGA